GGCAGCGGCGGGGCUGGGCCAUGGCGCCGGGCACGGAGCGCCCGCUGCGGGGCGAGGGCUGUGCGGAGCCCCGCAGCGACCGGAGGACGAGGAAGCCGCUGGUGGAGAAGAAGCGCCGGGCGCGCAUCAACGAGAGCCUGCGGGAGCUGCGGCUGCUGCUGGCCGACAGCGAGUUUCAGGCGAAGCUGGAGAACGCGGAGGUGCUGGAGCGGACGGUGCGGCGGGUGCGGGCCGUGCUGGAGCGCCGCGCCCGCGGGGGCGGGCGGCGGCUCCUGGAGGCCAGCGAGCGCUUCGCCGCCGGAUACAUCCAGUGCAUGCACGAGGUACACACCUUCGUCUCCAGCUGCCCCGGCAUCGACGCCACCACGGCCGCCGAGCUGCUCAACCACCUGCUGGAGUCCAUGCCCCUCAGCGAGGGCGGCUGCCCGGACUCGGUCACGGACGUUUUGGGGGAGCCCGCGCUCGGCCCCUGGCCCGCGGGCGAGGCGCUGGCCCUGCCGGCCGCAGCCCGCCCGGGCCUGGCUCUGCCGUCCCCCGGCGAAGAGACCUGCUCCGACUCGGACGAGGCGGAGGCCGAGCCGGGCCAGACCGGCACGGACGGACUGGACGCGUCCCAGACGCAAGGCCUGGCCUCGCCCGGCUCGCCCAAAUCCAUGUGGAGACCCUGGUAACAGCGGAGGGGAGGCAGCGCAGAGCCGUGGGCAGGGCAGGGUGCCCCCGCACACGCGUGUGUGUUGAGGGUGUCUGUCGGUGUGUGAGUGUCUGUGUAUCUGUCUGUGUGUGUGUGCGCGGCUGGCAGCGCUGGGACUGGGGGCUCGGGCUCUCUGACGCUGUCAGACCCUGACAGCCUAAUAGCGAACGCGUUCACAUUUCAUCCCUGCGUGUGUGGGUGGCAUUUUCUAACUUUGGGGGUUGUUUUUACGAGAGGAUGGGGGGCAGGAGGGAAGUGGUUUGUCGUAGCAAAGCUCUCUGGUUGAGACACAGCAGUUAUUUUAUAACCCUGUCCCUUCUUGGCCCUUAGGAGCAGCCCAAACACCACUACCUUUUAAGAAAAAGCCCUUGUGCAUUUUAAAUCACAAUAGUUAAUUCCAGGAGAAGCUAGAGCUAAGUCUGCAUGCACGGUUUUAAGCGUUCUAGUGAUAGCACAGACCCCUGAAAGGUGUCAGUGGAGUAGCAUCUGUACCUGGUAGCAGUCUAAAAUCUCACCUUUAGGGGAGGGAGAGAAAACUAGAAACCUGGUGGAAUUAGACAAACACUUUAAAAGAUGUUGGUGGCAGGGUGCCUUUUAGAAAUCAGUGUCUUUAUGCACAUUUUGCUUUUAGCACAUUUGAGUUUGUGAUUUUAUGUAUAUUAGGGUUUUAAAUGUUUUUUAUUUUUAAACUUUAAUAAAAAAACCCUGAAUUCACACCGCA